UUUCAAAAUCUUUGGCUUUAACCAUUUUCUCUCUUUCUUCCUCAUCUGAAUUCUCUGCUUUCUUCAACUUCAAAGAGGCCUAAAAAGCAUGUUUAAAUAAGACAGAAGAAAAAAAUUGAUUUCAAGAAGUGAUUGAUAAUGGUGUCUUUUUGUCGUUGUUGGUUAGUAAGUAAUGCAAACUUAAAGGUUAAAUCUAUUAAUAUAGGACAGGUGGCCUUAUAUCAAGCAAUUCAGAUCUUGGUCAAUCUUCAACUUUUCCAUGUGUUCAACAACUUUUUCUGCUCUGACUAAUAAACAGCUAUCUAGCUCUUUUCAUACAAAACCUGGCCCAAUUUCCAUCUCAUUUUGAAAAAGAAAGAAAAAAAGAGAGAUGGGAAAUCCUCCAGUGAUCGCAUUCUACAUAACGAUCUCCUGCGUGGCCUUCGUUAUAUCGAAGAUUAUCAUCUCAAUACUUCUAUAUAAGAGAUGGAAAAGAAAGCAAAGGGUGUAUGAAGAUGGAUUCUCAGGUGGGAAAAUUGUUAUGUUUAGGUCUCCAGCAAUGGAGUCUCUGAAAUCGAAUGCAUUGUUGAAGAAGACACUUAGACUGGGCAACAAGGACAUAAUUGGUCGUGGAGGGUAUGGGACAGUUUAUAAGGUGAUAAUCGAUGAUUCCACAGCCUUUGCUGUGAAGAGACUCAACAAAGGAACUGAAGAGAGAGACAGAGGUUUCGAGAGAGAGUUGGAAGCAAUGGGAGACAUUAAGCAUAGGAACAUUGUCACUCUCCAUGGAUACUGCACAGCUUCUCAUUACAAUCUUCUUAUUUAUGAGCUAAUGCCUAAUGGAAGUUUGGAUUCAUUUCUACAUGGUAGGAGAGCUAUGAACGAGAAGAUUUUGGAUUGGCCAGCCAGAUACAAAAUAGCACUAGGUGCUGCCAGAGGAAUUGCAUACCUCCAUCAUGAUUGCAUUCCUCAUAUAAUCCAUAGAGACAUCAAAUCUAGCAACAUUUUACUGGAUCAAAACAUGGAGGCUCGAGUCUCGGAUUUCGGGCUCGCCACGCUGAUGGAACCGGAUAAGACUCAUGUUUCAACAUUUGUGGCUGGAACAUUUGGAUAUUUAGCUCCUGAGUAUUUUGAUACAGGAAGAGCAACAGCAAAAGGGGAUGUUUACAGCUUUGGUGUCGUCUUGCUAGAGCUCUUAACUGGAAAGAAACCAACAGAUGAAGCGUUUAUUGAGGAAGGAACCAAGCUUGUAACAUGGGUGAAGACAGUUGUUCAUGAGAAAAGGGAAGAGCUUGUACUUGACAGAAACCUAGACGAUUUCCCAGUUGAGGAGAUCAACAGAACAUUCAAUAUUGCAUUAAUGUGCCUUGAGACAGAACCAUCUAAGAGGCCUUCCAUGGCUGACAUUGUCAAGAUGCUUGAGCAAGUUAAAACUUCAGAGUAGUAAUAUACUUGUUAUUUUUUAUUUAUUUAUUUUUGGCA